AUGAGUUUCCUCCUAUUGUUGCAGUUGAAGGCGGAAGAUUGUGGUUCGACGGAUAGGCUGCUUGAAAUGUUUCGACGGUCUCAAUUAAAGUAAGGCGUGUCGCUAGAAUCAGAGUGUGACCAAAGCCAUAAGGACGUGGUUAAAGACGUUCACAAAUGGUUCAAAAAUAUUUUUGAACUUCAAGAAAAGUCUGAUUGAUGGUUGAAGCCCAAACAAACCUGACAAACAUGUUUGUAACAUUCAUGUUAAUAUGUUCAGUAUUUAAUACGUUUAACGUUGCCGUUGCUGCUUCAAUCGAAUGUCUUGCCCCGAAUGAAUACCUAGCAGGGACGGAAUGUUGCCCUGAAUGUCCGCCUGGAGAGCAUCUUGUAAAGGACUGCACACACGGAAUCAUUACAGAGUGCUCAACGUGCCCCGAUGGUACUUUCCAAGCAGGCCAUACUAAGGAGCAGCAAUGCUCUGCCUGUACAAAGUGUGAAGCAGGUCUCGAUCUGAAGGUGAAGAAGUCGUGUUCAUCAACAUCAGAUGCUGUGUGUGAGGUCCUGGAUGGAUUCUUCUGUAGUGACUCUAACAGAGGUGGAUGUAUGGCCGCUCAGAGACACCGUCUGAGCUGCCGUCCUGGUCACUACAUCGGUCAAAGAGGAACAGCAGAUAAAGACACAGAGUGCCUUCACUGUACUGAUGGUACAUUCUCAGAUGGCACGCGGUCGUCUUGCAAGAACCACACAAAAUGUGAUUCUGUGGGAGGGGUGCAGAUACAACCAGGAACUGAUUCAACUGAUUCUACAUGUCUUAAAUAUGUGGCAAUUGCGUUCAUAAUAAUAGUAUGCAUAUUGCUUAUACCAAUCAUCGUCCUGGGAGCAUGGGUUUACAGAAGACGUAAUAUGGAAAAGGAAAAGCAGGGGUGGUGCUGGCAUGGUGAAGCUGCUGGAGAAAGAACACCUGGUUCCUCAUCCACAUCUCUCCUCUCUGUGGAACUUUCUGGGUCUCCCCUCCACCUCCAGGUCCACCCCCCUCAGUCUGGGUCUCCCCUCCACCUCCCGGUCUAGCCUCCUCAGUCUGGGUCUCCCCUCCACCUCCCGGUCCACUUUCCUCAGUCUGGGUCCCCCCUCCACCUCCCAGUCAGCCAGAAAGUGAAUCUGAUGACUCAAACUCACUAAAACCAGUCCCCAUCAGGAGAGACCAUGGAGUCUCCCAGGUCACCCCCCUUAUUCCGUCAGCCAGAAGGUGACGGAAUAAACAACGUUUAUAGGUCAUAAAAGUCGAAAAAGCUAAAUAGACAACUGAUAUUACAGCGUGGUAACGCUGGGGUCGGUCAGAAUCGACACCACGAGGCGGUCCUGUUGGUGGGAGGGUUCGUGCGUUGUUUGAUUAACAAGUGGGGGCUUUAAAUAAAGGCAGCUCUCGGGGUCGUGCGGUGUUUGGGGCGCAAGAGUUGCAAACUAAGUUAACAAGGCGCCUUGUUCAAACUACAUGCGUCCGUCGACGGAUGGGGGCUUUUUGAGGCCUUGUUCACACUACAUGCGUCCGUCGACGGAUGGCCGAGGGUGUGUCUGACGUAUAGGGGACUAGUUUUUGCAGACACAUACUGCCAAUCAAAUCGCUUCCCACUACACAGCCGAUGUGUGGAUCUUAAAUACAUUGCACUUUCUAAAAAGCUUUUUUAACUUUGCCUUUAUUUUCUAUUUUAAUACUAAAGUGCCUGCUUUUUAACUUUCUAUUUUAAUCAUUUCUUUGCAUUAGGGGUACAUGUCAUGUCCGCGGGUUGUAUUUAUAAAUUGUAGAAAAUAUCUUUAUUUUUUAUUUCACUUAAAAAGGUCAACCAAUUCUAUAAAAAAAAAAUCAGACAACGCAUAUUCUAUACUAGAAGUUGCUGUUUUUGUGCUGUCCUAAUUGCUGAAUGUCAGGUGUUGCUUUAAGAAAAAAAAAUAAACAAUGUGUUUUUGAGAA